AUGCCUCUACGAAUCAUACUCUUGGCUGGUGCGCCGCCGCCGUCUGCUAUGGAUGAAUCAAAGUGCACCGUUGAGCAUUUUGACGAGCCAUUUUACGCAUACAUCAACGCUGCCGGAAGGCACAGCACUAGCAGCAGCAGCAGCCAUCACGGCUCGUCGCCAGCGAGCAUCGCACCGUGGCGGUUGGUUACACUGCACCGAAAGCCACUACAUGCAGGAUUCAGCCAGACACGCAGCUUUCUGGCCCAAUCUCUUUACGGAAACCAUCAGGAUGGUGAUUUCUUCUGCCCCUCUUCCUUGGCGGCGUCGUCAUCGUCGUCGUCGCAUGACGAGAGCGAGACCAACAGGAUCGAGCAGGAUGAAGCAGUGCUUACCGAGUUUUGCGAACAGUCUCUCGCCAUUCAUCAUUCAUUGUCUUCAUCUCAGCUUCAGUAUGAAGACGCAAACGCAACAACAACAACCUCAUUCUUGGACGAGACGUCAUUUCUCUCCAGCUUAACCACCCCGACUGUCGGCGGACAGCAGCGGCCAGCAGCACCAAACAUUGCCCCCGCCGCGCAUCUAUCCGACCUCGAAGACGUGCCCUCUGCAAAGCACGUCAUCUCUCUGCAGCCACAAACCAUUACGCUCAACAUUAUUGCCGGGGUUUUAUCCAUUGCGCAGCCUCGCUCCGUCACGACCCGGUGGGGCACCGCCCUCUUGCUCGUCGAGGUGCUCCUCGGCGACGACACGAAAUCGGGCUUUGCAGUCACGUUUUGGCUAGCAAGAGAUGCGGCGGCGGCGACGAUGGUGGGGGGCGGUGGUGGUGGUGGUGAUGGUGGUCUGCUCGGCGGGUUGCGCCGUCAGGAUGUGGUCUUGUUGCAAAAUGUGGCGCUGCACGUGUCCCGUGGCAAGGUCUAUGGGCAGAGCUUGCGACGCGGACAGACAAAGGUGCAUCUGCUCUGGAGCAAGAGAAUGGAUGCAAGAGCUUGCUACAGCUCUAGAGCGUUGAAUGCAGCUCGUAAUGAUGCGGGAGUAGAGAACCCACAGAUUGCGAAAACGAGGUUGGUCCGAGAUUGGGUGAUACGAUUUGUUGGCGCCGAUCCCGAAGUUAGGGUUAGGAACAAGGAUGAUAUCUGGGAUCGGCCCCCUGACGAUACUCAAUAG